AUGACUGUCCCACCUUCUGCUCCUUGGUGGUGCACCGAGGUUGGCCCUGAAUGUCCAGUCGAAGGUACACUCUAUGGCUAUUAUCCUAGUCUCGGCGCCAACGCCUUCUUCACGGCUUUUUUCGUCCUUUGCCUCAUCAUCCAGCUUGGGCUAGGCAUCAGAUACAAGACGUGGACCUACAUGAUUGCUCUCAGCCUGGGCUGCUUGGGCGAGGUAGUCGGCUACGCUGGUCGUCUUAUCAUGUACAACAACCCCUUCGACGAGACGGGUUUUCAGAUGCAGAUUUGCUGCUUGAUUAUCUCGCCCGCCUUCAUCUCCGCCGGAAUAUACCUUACACUCAAACACAUCGUCAUCAACUUCGGCGAGUCGUGGUCGCGUCUGCCGCCGGUCUGGUACACCCGUAUCUUCAUCACAGGUGAUAUCCUGUCGCUUGUUCUCCAAGGCGCCGGUGGUGGCAUUGCUGCAACGGCAGAUCCGGGAUCCGACUUGCUAGACAUCGGAACGAACCUCAUGGUCGCAGGUGUCGUCCUCCAGGUUGUCAUUCUGUCUUGCUUUGGCAUCCUUCUCGCCGAGUAUGCCAUCCGUACCUACAACCGCCGCAACCAACUGUCCGCCGAAGCAAUGACACUCUUCCACAAAACAUCAUUCCGUUGCUUCAUCUUUGCUAUCAUCGCUGCCUUCUUAGGCAUCUACGUUCGAUGUGUCUACCGUAUCCCAGAGCUUACCGGUGGCUGGAGGAGCGAACUCAUGCGCGAAGAGACGGAAUUCAUCAUCCUGGAGGGUGCCAUGAUCGUGUUGAGUGUGCUGGUACUUACAGUGUUCCAUCCCGGCUACUGCUUCCCAGCACUGGGUAACACAAUCGGCAAGAACAGGGCUGCUCGGGGUAAGAGUAUGGACACAUCUGUUUCGGACGUUGAGAUGGUAUCGAAUCGCGCCUAA